UAAAACAUGCAACGUUGGUUAACCUAUCAGUGCAACGACAGAUGGAUGAUACGGUUAAUACCGCUAAAUCUGAAGCAGUUGUGGUCGUCUAUUCAUGCCAAAAAGAAGAUAUCCGUAAAUGACAGCAACACUGGGCUAGUUGCUUCCUAACGUCUUCGACACAUCCGAAAUUACAAUCACAAAUGCAGCCUGGCGUUUGCGCUGUUGUGCUACAACACUACUUGUUAACGUGUUGUCUACAUUGCUGUCCAGACAUUCUGCAAAAAAAACUGUGCGUGUCAGCUGCUGUACACCCUGCAGGAGAGAUGGGAGAGGCCGAGACGCGUCAGAAAUUGCUGCGCAAUGUGAAGAAAGAGGUGAAACAAAUUAUGGAGGAGGCAGUAACGAGGAAAUUUGUGCACGCAGACAGCAGCCACAUCAUAUCCUUCUGUGCUGUAGUGGAGGCCUGUGUGCUUCAUGGACUGAAGCGUCGUAUCGCAGGCCUGCUGUGUACUAACAAGGUCGCAGCACUCUUCAUGAAGGUGGCGAAAAGCUUUUCACCCGCUGAAGAACUCUGCCACAAGGUCCAGGAGCUGGAACAGCUCAUCGAAAACAGCAAGCAGAACAAUUCUUCACUGAGUAACGAUCGCAGUCGGCAAUCCAAGUUGGCCAACCUCCCUCCUCAGGCACUGAAACACCUGUGGAUCCGAACUGCACUAAUAGAGAAGCUCCUGGACAAGAUUGUCCUGUAUUUGGUGGAGAACAGCAGUACAUUCUAUGAGAAAGAAGCCAUGCUGAUGGAUCCUGUGGAUGGACCAAUUCUUGCAUCUCUGUUGGUUGGCCCUUGUGCUUUGGAGUACACCAAAGUCAAGACUGCAGACCAUUUCUGGACAGACCCGUCUGCUGAUGAGCUCGUACAACGGCAUCGCAUCCACAGUGGCCACUGUCGGCAGGAUUCUCCCUCCCGACGACCCGCCCUGAUCCAGAAGAGACAGUCCAGUGGUAGCAUGGAUGAUCGCCCUCUCAUGUGGGUGAGGGACUAUGUUGAAUCACUCCACCAAAACUCCAGAGCCACACUUCUGUUUGGAAAAAAUAAUGUUCUGGUGCAGCCGAGAGAUGACAUGGAGGCCAUCCCAGGCUACCUCUCCCUACAUCAAACUGCAGAUCUCAUGACACUGAAAUGGACUCCCAACCAGCUGAUGAAUGGCAAUGUGGGGGAGCUCGAUUCUGAGAAAAGCGUUUAUUGGGAUUAUGCUAUGACUAUUCGUUUGGAUGAGAUUGUGUAUCUCCACUGUCAUCAGCAAGUGAACAGUGGUGGGACAGUAGUGUUGGUGAGCCAGGACGGGAUCCAGAGACCUCCUCUACAUUUCCCCAAAGGAGGCCACCUGCUGCAGUUUCUGACCUGCCUGGAGACCGGCCUGCUACCCCAUGGGCAGCUGGACCCACCACUCUGGAAUCAGAGAGGAAAGGGAAAGGUUUUCCCCAAAUUGCGAAAGAGGAGUCCACAUGGCUCAUGUGACUCUGUAUCAGAUAAAGAAGAUGAUGAAGCAACCGAUUAUGUGUUUCGGAUCCUCUUUCCUGGCAAUCAGAUGGAGUUCAUGGCUCUAGAGCUGAUGGACCAGGGCAUGAACAUGUGGCAACCGACCCCCAGAAAGUCCUCGUGCUCUUCCUGCUCUCAGAAUGGCUCAUCUGAUGGCUCUCUUCCUAAUGGCUGUAAUCAAGAAAGGGCUCCCUUAAAGCUCCUUUGUGACACCAUGAAGUACCAGAUAAUCUCCCGUGCUUUCUAUGGAUGGCUUGCAUACUGCCGUCAUCUGUCCACAGUUCGUACCCACCUUUCUGCUCUGGUCAAUACCAUUAUCGUUGAUCCUGAUGUGCCCUGUGACGCUCGCGGAGGCCUCUCUGUGGAGGUCUGGGGCAGGUUCCUCAAGGACAGCUCUGCCUAUGAGGAACAAGAGAUACACAGGCUUGUGUAUUUUGGCGGUGUGGCUCCUUCACUGCGCAAAGAGGUCUGGCCAUUCCUGUUGGGACACUACCAGUUCAACAUGACGGAGAAAUCCAGGCUGGAGAUUGAUGAGCAGAUGCGCACCAUGUAUGAGCAGACUAUGAAGGAGUGGCAGGGUUGUGAGGCCAUUGUCCGUCAGAGGGAGAGAGAGAAACACGCUGAGGCCCUCGCCAGAUGUUCGUCCGGAGCCAGUGUGGAAAGAGGACCAGUUCAGCGGGACUCCACCAUCAGUACAGAUUCGUCUAUAAGUAGCAGUUCAGAUCAUCAGAAUACCAACUCACAAAGUGAUUCCAGCAGUAGCACUCAGGUGUUUGCAUCGGUUGAGGCGGUGGAUCAGAGUGAGACUGAGCCCAGACCUGAAGAAGGAGAGAUACAACACAGUAGUCCAGUGAAGGACAUCCCAAGAGACACCGCAGACUCUCCACAGCUUCCCUCCUGCGACCCCUCCUCCCCAAGUCUUUCAAACCUACGUACAGGUUCAGCCAGCAGCCCUCCUGUAACUGAAUCAGCUGUUGGCUCUACAACCUCUCAGCAAUCAGCAGAAGCAUCAGAAGUCUUAAAUGAGGAAAGUACAACUGGAUCACAGCCAGCGGGGGAGGAUGCACUUGACUUGGUAGCCAAAGUUUUAGAGACAGAGAGGAUGGAGACAGUCUCAGAAAGCGAUGCGGUUGAGGACUCUGGAAUCAGUAAGUCACAAGAGAUAUCUGAAGCUGAAGAAAAACCUGAAGUAGUAGAAAAGGAUACAACAACAAAUGAGCAAUCUGAAGUUUCAAAAGCAGUAGACACAAAUAUGAACUUGAGAUCCGCUCCAGAGAAUACUAAUGUUCUUAAGCUUGAAACAGAGAUUCAUAACGAGUAUUUCCAAGCACCUCCACUCGGGCAGACCUUGACUUUUCAAGCGCACAAGAGCAAAGAUCAUGAAGUAGAGUCAUUUUGUCUUCUCACAGCAGAAAAAGAUACUAAUCCGCCCAUUGAAAAAAAGCCAGAGACUUCUGAGAAAACAGAAACAACAUCUGAAAGAAUCCCGUCAGAAAUAAUCAAGGCCUGUACCACAGGGUCAGAAAGAAAGGAUGCUGAAGUAACAGUUUCUGACUUGGCUGAAACCAAAAAAGACAAAGCUGCAGAAAUUCCAUUUGAGAAACCUGGAUCAAAUUCACCUGUCAGACAAGUACUGAAUGCUCUUCAGUCAGCGUCGAGAGGGAGCCUUUCAUUAGCGUCCCACUCUAGGCAGUCUCCAGACACGGCAGACUCAGAUGACUCUCCUUCUGCCUUGGAAAUGGAGGACAUUCCUGCAGGGAUAACAUGUUUGACCUCUGAGGAUAUUAAGGCCAGGCCUUUGGCAGGUCUUGCUGCACCCCCUGUCUUGCUGGCACAGAGAGACAAAAUGGGAUCUGAGGAUCUUGUCCUCGAUCACCAUCUGGACACAGCUUGUAACACCAGUCCUGAGGGCACAGACCUGGGCCUUUCUGAAGAGGAGCCAGAGAUGGAGAAUGUGCUCACUGCAGCAGAGUCCGCAGAGGUCGGAGGAGACUCCAAACAUGACGAAUCCUCAGAUGAGCAAACCUAUUCUCAAGAAACACUGGACAUGUACUUGAUCAACUUACAUCGCAUUGACAAAGAUGUCAGACGUUGUGACAGAACAUAUUGGUACUUCACUCCUGAGAACUUGGAGAAGCUGCGUAACAUCAUGUGCAGUUACGUGUGGCAACAUCUGGAUACGGGUUACGUCCAGGGCAUGUGUGAUCUGCUGGCUCCCCUUCUGGUUAUUCUAGAUGAUGAGGUCAUGGCAUUUAGCUGCUUCACUGAACUGAUGAAGAGAAUGAACCAGAACUUUCCUCAUGGAGGUGCCAUGGACUCUCACUUUGCCAAUAUGCGUUCUCUUAUCCAGAUCCUGGACUCUGAGCUGUUUGAACUGAUGCAGCAGAAUGGAGACUAUACCCACUUCUACUUCUGUUAUCGCUGGUUUCUACUGGACUUCAAAAGAGAGAUGGUGUAUGAUGACGUGUUCUCCGUUUGGGAAACUAUCUGGGCGGCCAAGUACACCUCAUCUGAGCACUUUGUGCUCUUCAUAGCGUUGGCACUUGUGGAGAUGUACAGGGACAUCAUCCUAGAAAAUAACAUGGACUUCACAGACAUCAUCAAGUUCUUCAAUGAAAUGGCAGAGCGGCACAACGUCCCGCAGGUCCUGAUGAUGGCUCGACACUUGGUGCACAAAGUGCAGACACUCAUAGAGAACAAGUGAUCCAGUAUCCUGCUGUGUGUCUACCAUUGGUUCUUUGUGCUAAAUUGUUUCAAAGAUACUGACACAGCCACAUAUUUAAUAGUCAUGUAUAAAAGAGAAAAGGAAUCAGUGUUCAUGAAAAGCAGUAAUUGGUAAGUGCUGAAAAGAUUAUUCUAAGAUAGUUGUAUAACAACUUCUUUCCAGUUGCUCCUGUCUAUAUUCAGGAGAUGCAAUUAUUGCCAGUCAAUUUAUUUUCAAAGUGUUAUUGUUCACCUAGUGAAUGUACCCUUGUUGAAACUGCUUCAGGAUGUUAUUUAUUUUGCCUUAAAUUUUGCUAUUUUUUCAGGGAUACAGCAACCAAAUUCUUCACUGUAUUGUUAUUCUACAUGGUUGAUUUUGUUUAGUUAUACUUGCCAUACUUGUGAUACACUUGAAUAUAUUUUCAGUAUUAUUAUUAUUUUUGCUGGAGUUGUAGCUAUCAUGGUUGAACAUCAUUAGAUACACUUAAAUAUAUUUUCAGAUAUAGCACCUGGCUGUACUAGAUGAUUUGGUUUUGUAAAUAUCCAAGGUACUACUAACCAAUCAGGGGUUGGUCAGUGCUAGGUUGUGUCCAAGUAGCAUGUGUGGUCACUGGUUUGCUUGUCAAUUAGCCAUUUUGAGGGCCGCUUAUGGCCUCUCUGAGGCUUGAUGGCCCUUUUCCUGCAUCUGCCUCUGAUGCAUACAAGCUUGCAGGAAAUCAAGACCAAACCUUGUCAAUUCCGUGCAGUCCAGCAUGAUUGCACAUAGUUUGCAUAUCCAGUAUCACCUCUGAUGCCCGACCAAGUUCUCAUACUGUGUGCUCCUCCUAUCUCUAUGUAUGGAUUAAGAUGUCAUUUGGGCAGCUUAAUUUCAUAAUUUCCUUUGUUUUUGUGCACACCAGUGACUGAAUGGUUAGUAGAUUCCUGUUUCUGGAAUCAACUCAUUGUUCAAAUGCUUAAUACAUACAUCCUGUACAUUUUUCUUCCCUUAAAUAACUCAGUGCUGCUCAAGCUGAGGAAUUCAGCUGUUGUCCUCAUGACUUUCAAGACAAAAACAGAUGCUGUUUCCUUGCAGCAUUGUGAUGGUUCACUUCGAGCUGGUGGUGAACUCAAAGGGGCGUGCAGUGAAGGCAGCAUGCUUCCUUUGCACUCUGCACUUCUCACACUUUCACCUCAAGAUCAGUUUCAUAGAUUUCUGCCUCUGUCUUGCUCUGCCGAUCUUGGGUGCCUUGUCAUAAACACGCUCUAGUUAAUUGUUUCUAUGUGUAAACUUUUGGCGACAAGUCUUAAAGUAAUUGUUCUUGGAGUGAUUGCAUUUCUCUUCACUAUUACCUCAAGAUCCACAUGUUCAUAUCUGUUGAUAAGGAGCUCUGCUUGUUAACCACUUAACCCUAUGGCUCUUCCAUUUCUCAAUCUACAUCUUCCUCAUUACAUUACACUUCCUCGUUACAUUUUGUUUUCUGUAGAACUGGUGUGCACCCAGGAAGCAGCCUCCACCUUGAAGGGCUUACAUCAGUAAUCCCUCACUAUUACAGUGCUGACUUAAAAUAUGGAAAUCCAUAUGAAAAUAUGGAUUCUGCCUUGAAUAUCAACUUAUUACAUUUAAAGGGUCAGUUCAGUGGUAGCUAGUCAGUGGUUUGUACCCAUGAAGAUAUUUUUUGCUUUAUGUGCGUAGGUUUUGAGAUAAACACCACUGAAUCUCCUGCCAUUAACCAAAUACACUGGAGGUGAGUGGAAUUUCAUUUGUCCUUUAAGGGCUGAAAAAUACAACUUAAAACAGUAACCAUGCCCUGGAAACAUUGAUGUUUCAUGAUGAACAGUUUAAAUUUAGAUUUUUGGGGAUUGUAUCAACUAAUUCCAAUGAAAUUGCCAAAAUUUCAGCAAUUAAUAUCUCAAAAUCUCAUUAGAUAAAAACAAAACUAUCUACAUGGCUCGAUAUCAACUAAGUCAGAAAAGGUUUUAUUGGUGCCAGUCAGUUGCAAAACAGCCAAGACACACCCAUGUUUGGUUCACUGUGGCUAAAAUUCCAGUUUUUGAUAUCACUGCUAACAUGUCUCCAUAUGGUCUUCUAAAACAUGCCAGAGUAUUGCUGUUUGUGCAUUGCUGUGUUCGUUGUCAGAUUUACUGUAAACAAUGUGUUCAAGACCUAUUGUACAAAAAAACUAAGGUAGUACAUAUUUAUUAAAUGCAAUACAAUGUCUGUAUAUGGGCUUUAUCUGAUAAUUAUUAAUCGAAAGAUUAAAAAAAAUGCCAUUGGAAAUAAAUAUAUUUUUAUUUUUUUCUGUCUUCUCAAAU